AUGAUGCGUGCCGCCGGUGAAGACAGACCACAAGCGGGUUCGAUCGAGUCCAUCUCUCACGAGGCAUUGGUCAAGUGGACCAAGGACCGACGCGACUACGAGACCAAGCUUCAUAACCGGUGCCGAAAGACCGGUGAAGACUACGAUGCAGUGGUAGAACAGAUCCGAGGCUCUUUCGAUGCCGACCUACUCGACGUUUUCUGCGAACUCCAGCUGAGUGUGGACCCUGCGAACGUGACCGAGGGGAUGCUGAUCGAAAACACAUCGUAG